UGGAGUCUAAGUGGACACGAGUUGACACGAGUGGACACAAGUGAUGACAAUCAAUGCCAACUCAUUGAUGGCAUUGAGAUCCGAGACCCAUAUCGAUGGCUGGAAGACGUGGACAGUGCGGAGACGAAGGCAUUCAUUGAGAGUCAAAACGCGGUUACAAUGCCUUACGUCGAGUCGUGUCUAUAUAGGGAUCAAAUCAAAGACAGACUGACCAAACUCUGGGAUUAUUGUCGAUACGGCUGUCCAUUCAAACGCGGAGACAAUUAUUUCUAUUACAUGAAUACUGGUCUUCAGAACCAAUCGGUACUCUAUGUGACGAAAACGCUGGACUCGAAGCCUUCGGUAUUCUUAGACCCGAAUGUGUUGAGCUCUGACGGAACCACUUCUUUGAGUGUGACCUCAUUCUCAGAAGACGGCCAAUGGUUUGCCUAUGGAUUGAGUGACUCUGGAGUCGAUUGGGUUCGCAUUCGGAUUAGAAAUGUGAGCACUGGUUCGGACUGCGCCGAAGAGUUGACUAAAAUUAAGUUUACAUCAAUUGCUUGGACUCACGACAACUCGGGCUUCUUUUACGCGUGUUAUCCGGAUCAUAACGGCAAGAGUGAUGGCACCGAAACCACUGCUACAAGUCAUCAAAAGCUGUUCUAUCAUAGGGUGAACACAGAUCAAAGUGAAGACAUUCUUGUGGUCCAAUUCAAAGAUGAGCCCAAAUGGAGAAUUGGUGCGGUUGUCAGCGAUUGCGGUCAAUACCUUCACGUGUAUGUGAGAGAAGAAGUGUCCAAUUGUUUAUGGUUUUAUGUCUGUCUAAACGGUUUGGCAAUCGAUAGGGAAUUACAGUUGACACCAAUUAUUGAUGAGUUUAGCGCUGAAUACGAUUACGUGACAAAUGAUGAAUCCAUAUGUUAUGUGAGAACCAAUAAAAAUGCGCCCAACUUUAGACUCGUUAAGGUUGAUCUGAACUCACCAUCGAUUGACAAUUGGGUUGAUCUGAUUGGUGAGCAUCCAAGAGAUGUACUGGACUGGUGCUCAGUGGCCAACAACGAUGCAUUGAUUGUCUGCUACAUGAGAGACGUGGUGAAUGUGAUGGAAGUGAGACGUCUGUCAGACGGUUCAGUGGUGAAGAACCUAGACGUUCCCAUCGGUUCCGUUACUGGUUUCUCAGCCAAACGCUCACAAAAGGAGAUAUUCUACUAUUUCACCUCAUUCUUGACUCCGGGAGUUAUAUAUCAUUAUAACUUUGUUGAUGAGCCAAAAGUGUUUAUGGAAAUUAAAGUGGAAGACUUUGAUCCAACGGCUUAUACGACAAAACAGAUAUUCUAUUCGAGCAAAGAUGGCACCAAAAUUCCAAUGUUUGUCGUCCAUCGCAACGACAUUGUCCUCAACGGCGACAAUGUAUGUCUCCUCUAUGGUUACGGAGGUUUCAAUAUUCCGAUUCAGCCAUCGUUUAGCAACCAAAGGGUUCUUCUAAUGAAAGAUUUGAAUGGAAUCUUCGCUUUGGCGAACAUUAGGGGAGGCGGAGAAUACGGCAAGAAAUGGCACGACUCGGGCAAACUGCUGCUCAAGCAAAAUGUGUUCGACGACUUCGUGGCCGCCGCACAGCACCUCAUCGACAACCGCUACACCCGAAACCAGAAGCUUAUCAUUCAGGGCGGAUCCAAUGGCGGACUUCUUGUCGGAGUGGUUGCCAAUCAAAGACCUGAUCUGUUUGGGUGUGUUCUGUGUCACGUCGGAGUGAUGGAUAUGUUGCGGUUCCAUAAGUUCACAAUAGGUAUGGCCUGGUGUUCAGACUACGGCAAUCCCGAUGAAUCCAUUCACUUCCAUAAUGUACUCAAGUUUUCACCACUACAUAAUAUUCCUGACGCCCCGCAGUCAUAUCCGGCCACUCUAUUGCUAACGGGCGAUCACGACGACAGAGUAGUACCUUUACAUUCACUCAAAUUCAUCGCUCAAUUGCAGUAUAAAUUGGGUGAAAGUAACGCAAACACACCGCUUAUGAUACGAGUGGACACCAAAUCAGGUCACGGGGCCGGCAAACCGACCGCUAAAAUGAUUGAAGAGAUGACAGACAUCUACUCUUUUAUUAUAAAUGCAUUGCAACUCAAAUACAUUGUCUAAUAACAUAUUCAUAGAGUAGACAACUAUAGCAACAAAUGAUUUAUUUUUAAUAAAUGGAUAAUAAAAGUAAA